GCGAGCAGGGGAGGAGUGGCGGGGCCCGGCCCAGGUUGGGGGCGGGGACCAGGCGGGGCGGGAGGCUCAGCCCGGCUCGCUCAGCUCGGGAGCAGGUGGAGCCGCAGCUGGAGCCCGCCAGGCCGAGAGCCGGGAGGUGGCGGGCUGCACUGGGGCCAUGGAACUGCUCCAGCUGAACCGGAGCGCGCCGGGAUCCGGAUCCGGACCCGGACCCGGGCCAGGGGCUGCCCUGUGCCGUCCCGGGGGCCCCCUCUUCAACGGCAGCGCGAGCGGUAACCUGAGCUGCGAGCCUCCUCGCCUCCGCGGAGCCGGGACACGAGACUUGGAGAUGGCCAUUAGGAUCACGCUUUAUUCAGUGAUCUUUCUGAUGAGUGUUGUCGGAAAUGUGCUCAUCAUCGUGGUUCUGGGACUGAGUCGCCGCCUGAGGACUGUCACCAACGCCUUCCUGCUCUCGCUGGCUGUGAGCGACCUCCUGCUGGCUGUGGCUUGCAUGCCCUUUACCCUCCUGCCCAAUCUCAUGGGCACAUUCAUCUUCGGCACUGUUGUAUGCAAAGCUGUUUCCUACCUAAUGGGGGUGUCUGUGAGUGUGUCCACGCUAAGCCUGGUCGCCAUCGCCCUGGAGCGGUACAGCGCCAUCUGCCGACCACUGCAAGCACGGGUGUGGCAAACGCGCUCGCACGCAGCUCGUGUGAUCGUGGCCACGUGGAUCCUGUCGGGACUGCUCAUGGUGCCCUACCCGGUCUACACCGCCGUGCAGCCCGCAGGGCCCCGCGUGCUGCAGUGUGUGCAUCGCUGGCCCAGUGCGCGGGUUCGCCAAACCUGGUCGGUCCUGCUGCUCCUGCUCUUGUUCUUCGUCCCCGGCGUGGUGAUGGCCGUGGCCUACGGGCUCAUCUCCCGGGAGCUCUACUUAGGGCUGCGCUUUGACAGUGACAGUGACAAGGAGAGCCACAGCAGAGUGCGAAACCCUGGAGGACUGCCUGGUCCCGCCCACCCCAACGGGCGCUGCAGGUCCGAGCCGGGGCUGUCGGGCGAGGACGGCGACGGCUGCUACGUGCAGCUCCCGCGCUCCCGGACCGCGCUGGAGCUGGCGGCGCUGACCUCGCCCACCCCGGGCUCCGGCUCCGCCUCCCGGCCCACCCAGGCCAAGCUGCUGGCUAAGAAGCGCGUGGUGCGCAUGCUGCUGGUGAUCGUGGUGCUCUUCUUCCUGUGCUGGCUGCCGGUGUACAGCGCCAACACGUGGCGCGCCUUCGACGGCCAUGGGGCUCACCGCGCGCUCUCGGGGGCGCCCAUCUCCUUCAUCCACCUGCUGAGCUACGUCUCGGCCUGUGUCAACCCUCUAGUCUACUGCUUCAUGCACCGGCGCUUCCGCCAGGCCUGUCUGGACACCUGCGUCCGCUGCUGCCCCCGGCCCCCACGAGCUCGCCCCAGGCCCCUCCCAGACGAGGACCCGCCCACCCCCUCCAUCGCUUCCCUGUCCAGGCUGAGCUACACCACCAUCAGCACGCUGGGUCCAGGCUGAGCCCUGGGGGUGGGGGGGGGGAGGCGGAGGCGGAGGCAGGACAGAUGCCCACAGCACAGACACACACGAGACAGAAACCAACACCUGAUACGCAAAGUUGACACCAACAGCAUGGAUUAGCCCACACACACACCCCAACAACAACACCCCCCCGAAAAUGAUGGGCUUCCCUGAUACAAAGGAAACAAUAGGACCACACAUACAAAAGACGAGACACUUGAUAUGUGAAACUGAGCAAGACUCACAGAAGCAUGGCACUGACCUUGGAGAUACACAGACACUGGGGCAGGGUGAUGGCGCACCUGGUUGAGCACACGCGUUACAAUGCGCAAGGACCCGGGUUCAAGCCCCCUAGUCCCCACCUGCAGAGGGAAAGCUUUGUGAGUGGUAAAGCAGAGCUGCAAGUAUCUCUCUGCCUCUCCCUUCCUUCUCGAUAUCUGACUGUCUCUAUCAAAUAAAUAAAGAUAAUUUUUUAAUUUAAAAAGAGAGAGCGAUACACAGACGCGGUAUCCUUUGCAGUAGCCUGUCCUUACACCAUGGAAACUGAAAGAGACUGCUGUCCCCACCCACCACACACAGACACAGCAAUGGCACUGAUUAUUUCAGGACUCUGGGACUGGCUCCUGAGAGACUGGCGGCUGUCCCAGCCUGACCUCACAACACCCUUCCCCAGGCAGCACUGCAAACACUGGCCUGCCUAAUUGCACCUGGCCCUGAGCAAGAGGCUGUUUUGCACUGAGAAGUCCCUUCCCUCCUUCCUAGUUCAGUACCGUGGACCUGCCCCCCCUUCCCUCCUCCAACUUCUUCAAGAAAUAAUUAAUAAAUUACUUGGCUUCCUCCUAAACUGCCUUUCUGGAUCCUUGUAAAGAACAGGUGAGGGGGCAUGGAAUUUUGUGGCAUUCUCCUUGUGAGACCUCUCCCCCACUCCUUUGCCUAAAAGCCAGUGUUCUAGAUCCACCCAGUGAUCAGUAGACUCAGUAGAUUCAGCCAUGACAUGUCAUGAUUCCUGAAAUGGGAUCAUUGUUGAGGUACCACAUUAGUAGAUGCUUAUUUAAGUUUCCAAUGAGAGAUCAAAGAGGAAGCACCAUAUAGUAAGACUUCUCAGUUCUCAGCGUGUGUUUGAAACAACAGGGGGUUAGAACAUGUCAAACCUGCAAAAGUUAAUUAAAGAGCAGUUAGUUGGAAAUUACAUUUAUUUUAAUGCGUAUUUAUUUGAUAGAAUAGAGAGGUUGAGAGGGAAGUGGGGAGAUAGAGAGGGAGAAAGAGAAAGGCCUGCAAGACGACCAGGAGGUAUCACACCCGGGCAAGCUGCACAUAGUACGAAGCAUCAAGGACCCAUGCAAGGGCCUGGGUUCGAGCCCUGGCCUCCUCACCUGCAGGGGGGAUGCUUCACAAGCCACAAAACAGGUCCACAGGUAUUUCUCUCUCUCUUUAAAUUGCUUUCUUUUUUUUAAAGUGUUUUCUUAUCUUUUUAAUUUAUUUUUUGGAUAGAGACAGCCAGAAAUUGAGAGGGAAGAGGGUGGUAGAGAGGGAAAGAAAGAGACACCUACAGCACUGCUUCACCACUCACAAAGCUUUCCCUCUGCAGGUGGGGACCAAGGGCUUGAACCCAGGUCCUUGAGCAUUGUAACGUGUGUGCUCAACCAGGUGUGCCACUGCCCAGCCCUGGUGUCUCUCUUUUUUUCUCCCUCUGUAUCUCCCCCUCCUCUCUCAAUUUCUGUCUGUCCUAUCCAAUGAAAAAAAAAUCCACCAGGAGCAGUGAAUUUGCAGCGCUGAGCCCUGGCAAUAACCCUGAAGACAAAAGAGAGAGAGAAAGACUGCAGCACUGUUGACCCCCCCCCCCCACAAGUGGGGACUGGGAGCUUGAAGCCAGUUUCUUUUGCAUGGCAACAUGUUUGCUUAAUCAGAUGUAUCACUGCCCAGCCAAAGGAAUUUAAAUUUCUAAUGUACUUUUAGGUGCAGUUGUCAGAACCUGGCCAAGCUUCUGCCCCAGGAAACACCCUUACAGAUCAGCAACAAUGAAGAGGCUGGAGGUACUAGAACUGAACCUGAAUAGGAGACCUAAAGUUCAACCUCCCUUUUGAUCAGGAAGAGGCAGAAACAGCAAUAUCACUCUCCACAUACACAGUGACAGACAGGAAAGCACAGACAACUUCACCAAAGGUGCACACCUUGGUGUUUAAUAAUAGUAACUAUUAUUAUUAAUAUCAGAGGCAUGAAGUGUUGGAAAAUGGUUUCUUAACACUUUAUCUUACAACACAUAGGGAAACUGAGACCCAGAGCAGGAAAGAAGGUUGCUCGUGGGGAGUCGGGCUGUAGCGCAGCGGGUUAAGCACAGGUGGCGCAAAGCGCAAGGUCCAGCAUAAGGAUCCGGGUUCAAGCCUCCGGCUCCCCACCUGCAGGGGGUUCGCUUCACAGGUGAUGAAGCAGGUCUGUAGGUGUCUAUCUUCCUCUCCCCCUCUCUGUCUAAGCCCUCCUCUUUCCAUUUCUCUCUGUCCUAUCCAACAACAACAACAUCAAUAAUAACUGCAACAAUAAAACAAGGGCAGCAAAAGGGAAUAAAUAAAUAAAUACUAAAAAAAAAAAAAAAGAGGGUUGCUCAUGGUCAAAUGCUGAAAUUGAGCAAGGGAAAAAUAAUCACAUGGAAGCAGACACAAAGCUGGAGAAGCUAUACCUAUCAGGAGAUAGAUCCUAAUGCUGUGGAGUCCAGAGAUUAUAAAACUGGGUGACCUUUAAAAACGACUAAGUGAUACAGAUGAUUAACACAGGCAGAAAUGCUAAGGAAGGGAGAUAGCAUAAUGAUUAUCCAAAAAGACUUUCAAGCCUGAGGCCACGAAGUCCCAGGUUCAAUUUCCCAUACCACUAUAAACUAGCACAAAGCAAUGCUCUUCUCUCUCUCUCUCUCUCUCUCUCUCUGUGUGUGUGUGUGUGUGUGUGUGUGUGUGUGUGUGUGUAUCUUUCUCUCUGUGUUGCUCUUUCAUUAAAAUAAAGCAAAUAAAAUAUA